ACGUUAUGAUCAACAUCGGCAACAUAUUCAGUAUGAAAUAGGACAAUUGGUAUUAGCAAAGCCAGCUGUACGAAAUAAUAAAAUGCAAGCAGUAUUCGAAGGACCAUACCGUAUGAUUAAUGUCCUUGGACCCGUUACAUAUGAAAUUCAAUUAGAACAUUCGAAUUAUAUUAGACAAGUACAUGUGAAUAUGAUGAAACAAAUCUUUACACCACAAGAUUAA